AGCUGAGCGUGUGCGCGCGCAGCUUCACCCGGAAGUUGAUUCCUCGGUGUUGAGCGCGAACUGGAGAAAAAUGAACCCUUUAACUAAGGUGAAGUUGAUCAACGAGCUGAAUGAGCGAGAAGUACAGCUUGGGGUGGCGGAAAAGGUGUCCUGGCACUCUGAGUACAAGGACAGCGCUUGGAUCUUCCUGGGAGGACUUCCUUAUGAACUGACUGAAGGGGACAUUAUCUGUGUAUUCUCACAAUAUGGGGAGGUUGUUAACAUUAAUCUGGUGCGGGAUAAGAAGACUGGGAAAUCCAAAGGAUUCGGUUUCCUUUGCUAUGAAGACCAGAGGAGCACAGUUCUGGCCGUUGAUAAUUUUAAUGGGAUCAAGAUCAAAGGCAGAACUAUCCGAGUGGAUCAUGUGUCUAACUAUCGGCCUCCUAAGGACUCAGAAGAAAUGGAUGAGGUGACCAGACAACUCCAGGCGAAGGGCUGUGGGGUUCCCAUCCCCUCAGAAAGUUCAUCUGAGAACUCUGAAGAUGACAAACCCAUAAAAAAACACAAAAAAGACAAAAAGGAAAGAAAGAAAAAGAAGAAAGACAAAGAGAAGCCUGCCCGUGAGGCCCAGGAAGAGCAGCCAGCCUCCUCCCUGCCCAGCAGCAAGAGGAAAGCCGAAAAGGAUGAGUCUGGCUCUAAAAAGAACGGGAGUAAGAGCUCAGAGAAGGGGCAGAGGUCAGAGUCCAGGGAGGAGCAGAAGCAGUACCCCAGCUCCCCUGAAGUCAGGGCGAGUCGCAGUGGGGCAGAGGACCGAGACAGGCCGCUGAAGAAGGAGAAGCCCAAGCAGGAACACAAGUCCUCAAGUAGGAGGGAGGACAGAGAGGAGAAGAACAGGGAUAGGCACAGAGGUAGAAGCUUAGACACACAUUCCGGGCGGCACGACGGGCGGCAGGAUGGGCGUUCUGAGGGCCGGAGCCAUAGAAGUAGGAGUAGGAGCCCCGAUAAGUCCCACAGGUAUAAGGGGGCCCGGCGCUCCCGGGAGCGGGAGCCCUCUCACCCCAGCGACCGUGACCACCGCGACCGCGACCACCGCGAUUGUGACCGUGACCACCGGAACCGCGACCGCGACCACCACCACCGUGACCGCGACCGUGGCCGUGACCACCACGACCAUGACCGUGACCGCCACGACCGUGACCGCCACGACCGUGACCACCGCGACCGCGACGACCGCGACCUCCACGACCGUGACCACCACGACCGUGACCACCACAACCGUGACCGUGACCGAGAUCGCAGGCAUCACUGAAGUUGCAGCCUGUUCUGCUGCCUGUAGAACUGGAAGUGAACUGUUUCUAAAUUGCAAACAAGUUUAGUUCUGUUUUUAUUUUUUUAUAUGUACAGCCUUUGAGGUUGAAUUCUUUUAAUUCCGAGAGAUCGGAGUUGUUGAGAUAGCUGCGGUUUCAACAGCCAGAGGUCCUGUAAUUUUUUUAGUAUAAUCCAAGGUCCCUGGGAAUACAGUUGGUGCCAUCAGAGUAUGUGUCCUAAAUCUGGGUUCAUAAGAGGACCUUUGAGCCUAUAGACCCCAACUUACGAUAAAAUGGGCAGGAAAGGGGAAAAUCCUAGGCAAUUCUCGAAUUCUAGUCUUUGUGCUAGAUGCUUAGAAUUCUUGAGUUGACCUUUCCUGUUUGAAGGUAGAACUGAGAAGCAGGACAAUGUGACUUCAUGGAUUCACACUGCUUGAUGUGAAUGUGAUAAUGAUUCUUAACAUUAGUCCACACCCUUGCUCCAACGCUCACCUUUUGAUGAAAUUUUAAACAUCUUUGUUUUCUGUUGUAUUGGUUGGUACAUGUCCCUGUAUUUUCCCCUUGCGAUUUAUUUAUUUAUUUAUUUGUAUGAAGGUGAAAUUCACCUAACAUAAACCAUUUAAAGGGGACGUUCACGGUGUUGAAAACCACCACCUCCCAGUCCUAAGACCUUGUAAUAGCCCCACAUGACACCCUUUCCUUCUCUGGGCGACAACCAAUCUGCUUCCCUUUUCUAUGGAUUUGACUGUUCUGGACAUUUUAUAUAAGUUAAGUAAAUCAUAUGAU